AUGGCUCCCUCUCUCGGGCUGGAACGGAAGGUUUCAAGCCCCAAGUGGCAGAGAAUUGGUAACUGGCUUCACCGACGGUUUGCUCGAGCUUCCCAAGGAUACACAGUCAGUGUUACCGAUGGACAUAGCCCCGAUAGCAAGAUAAAGGACCAGGCUCUAAGGGGAAAUGGCUCGGUGAACUAG